UGUGGAGAGGAGAGAGGAAGAUUGAGAGAGAGAGUGAGGAGAGAGAGAAAGAGAGAGAGAGGUACUGUCGUCUUCACAGAUCUCCAAAGAGUGCUCGUUAGUAUUUCGGCUCAGGUCUUUCACAGUCAUGUUGAGAGCCAGGGAACCGGGCUCUUUGGCCGUGCUGGCCUCCACCCUUCUUAUGGGAUGCGGAGUGGCGUUUUCCCUCGGACAGAAUGAGACAGAACCCGUAGUUUUGGAAGGGAAAUGUUUAGUUGUUUGUGACUCGAACCCGUCCGCCGAAGGAGGAGUGACCUCGUCGUUUGGGAUAUCCGUCCGAGCUGCUGGUGCUAAAGUGGCAUUUUCUGCAGUCAGAGGAACUAACCAUGAACCGUCAGAAAUGAGUAACAAGUCCAUGACAAUCUACUUUGAUCAGGUACUUGUGAAUAUUGGGAAUCAUUUCGACCUAAAGGCGAGUGUUUUCCAAGCCCCUCGGCGAGGCAUUUACAGCUUCAGCUUUCACGUUGUGAAGGUGUACAACCGACAGACAAUUCAGGUCAAUCUGAUGCAUAAUGAAUAUCCAAUAAUAUCAGCGUUUGCCGGUGAUCAAGAUGUGACCCGGGAGGCAGCGAGUAACAGCGUUCUGCUUCACCUGGAGCGUGAAGACAGACUCUAUCUCAAACUGGAGAGAGGAAACCUCAUGGGCGGCUGGAAAUACUCCACAUUCUCCGGCUUUCUUGUUUUCCCUCUUUAAUUGAAUACAGCCCAGAAUGAAGAUCAAGGG